CGCCCGCUGCGGCUCCCCAGUUUGGAGCUGAGGGAGACUUGUUGCUGGGGAGACCAAAGAGAGGACUUGAUGCCUUAGAGGCGGGGCAGUGGGGUUGCUAAGAGACGUGAAUGGAAGCGGGGCUCGGGGGCUGGUUGCUAGGGAGUGGGAGGAGCCUGUUGCUAGGGAAGAUAGGAAGGCCUGAUGGCUUUGGGCGAGGGUCGCGUUGGUAUGAAGAAAGAAAUGGGGGCUGCUUUUAGGGGGGAUGUAGGCAGAAUGGUUUGGGGUCGUGGAGGGGCACUGAGCUCCCCUAAAACAUCACCUCCUCAGCAGACCCCCCAGGAACGGACCGGUCCCGUCGACAGUGCUGCCUCAGCGGGGACACCCCCUUCCCCAUCACUUUCUCCCCUUCCUCUUCACAAACGGCCCAUGGCGGACAAAGGUUCGGGGGGCAGCCGCCUCCCCCUGGCGCUGCCCCCAGCCUCCCAGGGCUGCUCCACAGGGGCCGGCGGCUCCUCCUCGGCGGGGGGCUCGGGCAAUCCUCCGCCCCCGCGCAACCUCCAAGGCUUGCUGCAGAUGGCCAUCACGGCAGGCUCCCAAGAGCCAGACCCCCCUCCAGAACCCAUGAGCGAGGAGCGGCGGCAGUGGCUGCAGGAAGCCAUGUCGGCGGCCUUCCGGGGCCAGCGGGAGGAGGUGGAGCAGAUGAAGAACUGCCUCCGCACGCUGUCCCAGCCCACGCCCGCCGCGGCUGGAGAGGCAGACCAGGCGGCCGACCAGCAAGAGCGCGAGGGGGCCUUGGAGCUGCUGGCUGACCUGUGUGAGAACAUGGACAAUGCCGCGGACUUCUGCCAGCUGUCAGGCAUGCACCUGCUGGUGGGCCGCUACCUGGAGGCGGGCGCCGCAGGCCUGCGGUGGCGGGCGGCGCAGCUCAUCGGCACGUGCAGCCAGAACGUGGCGGCCAUCCAGGAGCAGGUGCUGGGGCUCGGUGCGCUGCGCAAGCUGCUACGGCUGCUUGACCGCGACGCCUGUGACACGGUGCGCGUCAAAGCCCUCUUUGCCAUCUCCUGCCUGGUCCGCGAGCAGGAGGCGGGGCUGCUGCAGUUCCUGCGUUUGGACGGCUUCUCCGUGCUGAUGCGGGCCAUGCAGCAGCAGGUGCAGAAGCUCAAGGUCAAGUCAGCCUUCCUGCUGCAGAACCUGCUGGUGGGCCACCCGGAGCACAAAGGGACCCUGUGCUCCAUGGGGAUGGUGCAGCAGCUGGUGGCCCUGAUCCGUACAGAACACAGCCCCUUCCACGAGCACGUACUCGGAGCCCUGUGCAGCCUGGUGACGGACUUCCCCCAGGGCGUGCGGGAGUGCCGGGAGCCGCAGCUGGGCCUGGAGGAGCUGCUGCGACACCGCUGCCAGCUGCUGCAGCAGCACGAGGAGUACCAGGAGGAGCUGGAGUUCUGUGAAAAGCUGCUUCGGACCUGCUUCUCCACCCCCACGGACGACAGCAUGGACCGGUGAAGCCGAGGCGACUCCUCGCCCCUCCCCAUGGGGACCCCGACCCUCUCCCCGCACCCACAGAGCCCUCUCCCCAGGGAGGGCAGGGCAUCGGUGUGCCUCUGCCCAGCCCCCUGUGGGGGUCGCUGAGAAAGGCAGCCGCCCCCUACCCACCUCUGGCUUUGAUCUCAUCCCAACCUGUCAUAUCCACAGCACCCUUCCAAUAAAGCCGUUUCUCCUGCCCCUGCCCCACAGCCUGUGUUGCCUUCCCCGAAGGUGUGUGCUGCCAGAAUGGCCGAAGGGGAGGGACGGCCCCGAGGGACGUGGGCCAGCCCCCAAAAGAAGGCGGCCCCUAGCAACGGGGCCAAAUAAAAGUGUCACUCUUGUGA